AUGAUACUGCAACAAAUGUCUAGGUUAUUUUCUCUAGGUCAAAAACAAGAUAAUACUAGCAAUAUUAACCCAGAGAUCUAUCCCAAAGGCUUACAGAUAUGGCCACAACCACAACAAGACUUGAACAGCUACAGUGUGUUUGGAGUGGCUCCUAAAACCUGUCCCUUUGAUGAGUGUGGAAGAAGAUUCACGAUGAUGAGACGUAACGGAGGAACAAAUUGUCAAGACUGUGGGAAUCAAGCAAAGAAAGACUGUACGCAUCUAAGAUGUAGAACUUGUUGCAAGAGUCGAGGGUUUCAAUGUCAAACGCAUGUGAAGAGUACUUGGGUUCCCGCUUCUAAACGCCGUGAACGACAGCAACAUCUAUCUUUGUUGCAGCAGCAUCAACCGUUUCGUCGUCGAGAUCAUGGAGAGAGCUAUAAACGACAUGUAGACAAUCAAGAUGGUGCUGGUGCAGGUGCAGGUGCAGGUUCUCUUCCAUGUCUUCAACCAACUUUCCCUACCAUAGGGUUUGAGUUGGGACAGUUUCCAGCUGAAGUGAGUUCUGCAUCAGUAACGUUUCGGUGUGUGAGAGUGAGUUCAUUGGACGGUCCAGAUGAGCAGUGUGCGUAUCAAACGGCUGUGAACAUAGGAGGACAUGUUUUCAAAGGAGUUCUCUAUGAUCAAGGUCCUUCUUCUUCUUCAAGUUGUUACACCAGUACUACUACUGCUGCACCUAUUGAAGGUUCUUCCGGUGGAGGUCAUCAACCUCAUCAACAACUUGAUUUCUUAACAACUGCGACCACGGCCACGACGACAACCGCUGGUAUCUCGUUUGAUCCUUCGCUUUACUCGGCUCCGCUACAUGCUUUCAUGGCUGGUACACAAUUUUUCUACCCCCAACAUCCUAAUUGA